CAGCGCUAGGACAGGAGCUGCAUCUCUCAGGAGAAAAAAGGAGAACGGAUUGAUCCAGCCCCUCGCCUCUGUUCUUUUUUUUCUUUUCUUUUUUUCUUUUACAUUCAGAUUUCUUUUACUCAGAUGUGAGCGGCUAGCCUAGUGCAUCCAGCAUGCCAGGGAUGGAUGGAUUGAUGGAUACAUGUCUGAGAGCUCCAAGGAGAAGGAGGGAGAGUUGCUUGCAGGAAUCCGCAGCAACAGGUCUGUAAGGAUGGCACUGAAAUGAUGGUAACAUGCAGGCUUCUAAGCGCCUGACCCCAUCCAAGGAGAGAUGAGGCACCUAGAGGUGGACUUACCAUGAGCAGCGUCCACUUCAACCACUCCCUUGCUGCUAUGAGCGGAAACGACUUAAUGGCACACUCUCUGACUCUGGAGCAAAAGACAGCGUUUGCUUUUGUGGGGAUGCUGCUGGUGUUCUUGGGACUGCUGAUAAUACGCUGCUUUAGGAUCCUGCUGGACCCCUACAGCAGCAUGCCCUCCUCUAACUGGGCCGAUGGCAUCGAGGGGCUGGAGAAAGGGACGUUUGAGUACGCCCUCACUUAACGAUGCGACAACGGGACACAAACACACACAAACAGAAAAAACAGAUACCCAAGCCUGACCGACCACUGCACCUGACACUCCAUUAAGAUACCUUCAAGUGAUGAACAGAGCUAGAGUCAAAGCUGCGUAUGCCAUUUAAUGUGUGUGAAUUGUUAGGUCAGAGAACCUCUACUGUAUAUGAAUUGUGUGUGUCUGGGAGAGAGAGUGAAUGUGAGGCAGCUGCCGUGUCACAUUGGGUGCCCUUCUGCCAGGAAGUGUGUUUUUUAGAACAUCAGUUGACACAGAACUUGGAUGUAGCUCCCUUUAACCUACAAGCUGAAUGUCACGAGAAGGUGGACAUCAAUGAAACAGGAUGGGAGACUGAAGACUCAGGGACAAGAUUCCUCACAUGAACUCAAAACAGAGGGUGGCGUGGUUGCACUUCUGCACAGCAGAACUGUUCAGCACAAGAAUGUAAAUGGGUGGAUACAGGGUAUUGUCAAAAUAGUGCUAAGUGACCUAUUCAAAACAAGUCUGUUGGGAAUCUUAAGGAAAGCAGGCACUUCUAGCUUUCUUAAGUCAUCCAGCGAAAGAAAAACAAAGGCAAACUGUGACCUACAUUGUGGUACUGCUGUUCCUAAACAAUGCAAAGGGAACUCAGAGACUGUACUGCUGCUGCCUUGGAGGAAUGGGAAACUGGUUGACUAAACAAAUGAGACAAAAUACGUUCUUCACUCAGAGCACUGAUGUUUCAAAUCAAUGGGAGGAACUCGCCCAGCAGAGGUGUGGCAAAUAACAAGGGCGGGAUGAGUUUCAGCUCUACACUUGAUCAUGCUUCCUGACUCUCCUAGAUCAUCCUGAACCCUCCUGAUCAUUUUCUGAUCAGACCGUGUGGUCUGGACUGUUCCUUUGCCAAUUUUUACAGUCUACUGUUUCUCCUUAGUGCUGUGAAUCUGCCUUACUGUGACCUUCAAUGGGUUUAUGUGCCUUCAUCUAGAACCAUUAGAGCACCCGUUUGUGGGUGUGUCUGAGUGAGCGUCAUACCAUAAUGACAGGCCGGUUGCUUGCUCCACUGGUGAUAGAGAUUUUGCAUUGAUUUCAUUCGAUUUGAUGAUGUGAAAUAAAAAAAAAAUGGUUUAUUCACUUUAAACAUUGAUGUUCAGCUUUUUUGCAUUUUGGGUUCCAAAUAGACACCUCUCCAAAUAGAUACCUGUCUUAAUGUUAAAUUCUGAUUUUGUUGCAGCUGUGUUAUCUAAUUAAGGAAGCAGCAAGAAAAUCAUUCAAUUCAAAAAGGUAAAGAAUUUAAUCUGAGGAAAUAAUUUUUUUCUGUUUGGUCACAGUUGUUGUAUUAUUGAUACUGAUAUUUUGUUCAUCCAUUUUUGCCAGUUUGACAGUAGUUAAUCUUUUCCUACAACACUUAACAAGCAGAAAGAGUUUAGAGCCUUGAAGCAGAUGAUUAUAACGUUAUGUUGGAGAAUUUCACUGUAAACACACCUAUAGAUCCCAGCAGGAAGAUGCCACUUUGCCUUGAUAUUCAUAUCAAUCCUGCACAAUCUGCACUGAUAAACAGUCUCUUAGGGAAAUUUAGUCGUAUCAAAGGGGGAAAUGACAUAUGCCGUAAGGCAGUCUGCACAUUUGCACAUUUGUAGUCAUUUAUGUGACAGGGUUACUUACAUCCUCCUCAAAGUUGCUUGGUGUCUGUGAAAGUGACGCAGACCCAUGACAGAGGAGUACUUAGAGCACUUAGAAAUAUUUUAUGAAGGUUGAGAAGUCAGUUAGUGUUGGGUUAAACUGAUUUUCCAAAAAUGACUCCCUAAGUUGCCUAACAGUGGCAUUGAAUGUAAGAGUUUGCCCUGCAAAUGGAGGGUUGUUGUUUCAAGCACCGGCUUUCAUUGUCAUAGCGCCCUUUGGCAAGACACUUCACCAGCAUUGCCUACUGGUGGCGGACUGGUGGCGCCUGUUAAACAACCUUGAUUCUGUCAGUGAGCCCCAGGGCGACUGUAGCUACAAUGUAACCACAUCAUCAGUGAAUGGCUGAAUGACUGCAUGUAGUGUAAAGCGCUUUGGUCAAGUCUUUAUCAUUAGAUUUUUAAAAGCAGCUUAUAGGUUUGUUGGGAAAAGCUUGAGCUGAGUAUUACUGAUUAAAAGAAACAUUUCAAAAUUGAUUUGUUUACCUUUGUAAAGGUAGUACGUAAAAGCAUAUUAAACAUUCAUUGUAAAGGCAUUGAUAAGGGUACCAAUUACUGUAGGACAGGAUAUUUAUUUCUGGGUAUGAACAUUUGGAAAUAUGCCUUUCUUUUGUCACCACCAAAUAAAUAAAGGGAUUUUACAAAAACCUUUUAGUUAGUUAAUUAGUUUAGUCAAAUACAAAUUUAAUGUAGGGCUUUUUACACAUAUUUAUCAGGGCUACCAUGUAAUGAGUAGAGGAAAAUAUGUGGUGUAACGUACAUU